GUCUUUGCUUAACCCACAUCUAAAAACCGAACGUUCUCUCGUUCAGUACCGUUUUCCGUUCGAACAGUUGGCGCCCACCGUGGGGCCUCUAGCAAAGCAACGUCGAUAAGAUGGUGACGAGUAACGACGGCUCUUCUUCUGGAGAAGAGCGUGAAGCCCCUGUUGCGACGCCGGCGUCCUUUCCUGUGACUCCGACGCCACUACCACCCGCUUCCAUAGAAGCUAUCAUGGCACGCCUUGCACAGCAAGACGCAGCCCAGAAGGCAGCUACCGACCAAAUCGCGGCGCUCGCAAAGAUCUUAGCCCCUCUCGCUGCGAACGUGGAAGCCUCGACGGCGCAGUACCGGCGCGCGCUGAAGACCAAGACGUCAACGACGAUGACAUGGCUCAAACCCCUGGGGAUCUCGACGCGCAAACCAUAAACGAUCGCGUUAAAACAAUCUUGUAGAUGCUAUGAUACAGGACAUUGUAGAUGCUUCAAAAGCAAAUGCAUUUACCUUUACUUAUGUACCUAGAAGUAGUGUGAUGUUGGUAGAUGAACUAGCAAAAAAAGCUAGAUGUAAUAAACAGAACUAUGUAAUCACUUGGUUUUAAUAUAAAUAUAUAAAUAAGUUAGAAAAAAGAAAGAAUACAACAAAAAGAAAAGAAAAGUCGCCUAAAUAACGAUUUAAAAAAAAAGAGAUUCGAAAAUUCAAAUAACUUUUCUGACUAUUCAGCUAAUCAUUCACCUCUUAUUUUAUUUUUAUUUAUUUGUUUUUAUCAAACUGACCUCUUAUCUUAUCUAUAAAAAAUCGUUAAAAACUUCACCUUACUUCAAACUUGUAUCAAUCGAAUUUCCCGGCAAAACCCAAUCAAUCACAAUUACAAUAUGACCCUCUUACCCUUCGUAUUUCUCUUACUCACCUCACUACCCUUUUCUGUAAUUUCGCAGCUGGACGAACGGUCAACACUCCUUAACCUGAAACGCAGUCUCGGAGACCCACCGUCUCUCCGCCUAUGGAACGACACAUCUUCCCCGUGCGACUGGUCGGAGAUUACCUGCGUCGCCGGAAACGUCACCGGAAUAAGUAUCAAGAACCAGUUCACCACCGCGGUUCCGACCAAUAUAUGCGAUUUCCCAAACCUGAAAACUCUCGACUUGUCGUCUAAUCGAUUCUCCGGAGACUUUCCGACCGUUCUCUACAACUGCACCAAGCUUCGCCAUCUCGAUCUCUCCCAGAACUACUUCAACGGCACUCUUCCCGCCGACAUCAACCGUCUCUCACCAGAACUCGAGUUUCUCGACCUCGGUGCCAACGCCUUCUCCGGCGAUAUUCCGAAGAAGAUAGGUAUGUUUUCUAAGCUCACGGUUUUGAAUCUCUACAUGAGCGAGUACAACGGUACGUUUCCGUCGGAGAUAGGAAACUUAUCGGAGCUCCGAGAGCUUCGUUUGGAGUACAACGAUAAUUUUUUGCCGGCGGAGAUCCCGGCGGAGUUUGGGAAGUUGACGAAACUCAAGUUCUUGUGGUUCUCGGAGAUUAAUUUGUUCGGAGAAAUCCCAGCCGUUGUUUUUGAGAAAAUGACGGAUCUCAAACACGUGGACCUGUCAGGUAACAACUUAUCGGGUCGGAUCCCAGACGUCUUAUUCGGGUUGAAGAACCUAACCAUCCUCUAUCUCUGCGUAAAUAACCUAACCGGCGUAAUACCGGCGACUAUCGCAAGAUUACCGGGACUGAAGGAGCUGAAACUUUAUACCAAUAAGUUAACCGGUGAGAUACCGGCGGAUUUCGGUUUGUACUCAAAUCUAGAGCGAUUCGAAGUGUCGGAGAAUCAGUUAACCGGGAAUCUACCGGAGAAUCUCUGCAAGGGAGGGAAACUUCUUGGCGUGGUUGUCUUCUCGAACAAUCUCACAGGCGAAAUCCCAGAGUCGCUCGGGAACUGUGGGUCACUCCGCUCGGUUCAGCUACAGAACAACGGCUUCUCCGGUGAGUUUCCUUCCGGGAUAUGGACUGCUAAAGAGAUGCAUAGUCUCCAAGUGAGUAACAACUUCUUCACCGGGAAAUUACCGGAGAAACUUGCUCGCAAGCUUUCAAGGAUUGAUAUCGAUAACAAUGAGUUUUCCGGUGAGAUUCCUCGGACAAUUAAUACUUGGUCUUCCCUUGAGGAGUUCAAGGCUCGAAACAAUAGAUUCUCCGGUGAGAUCCCGACGGAGUUAACGUCUCUGUCAAGACUGUCAUCAAUCUUCCUCGACUCGAAUAAUCUCUCCGGCGAGUUACCAGAUGAAAUCAUCUCAUGGAAGUCGUUGUCAACGUUAAGUCUAUCACAGAACAAACUUUCCGGGAAGAUUCCUAGAGCUCUAGGGUUGUUGCCAGGCUUGUCCGUUCUUGAUCUAUCGGAGAAUCAAUUCUCCGGAAAAAUCCCACCGGAGAUAGGAAAUCGAAAGUUCAUAACACUUGAUUUGUCAUCAAACAUGCUCACCGGAGAAGUACCAGACCAACUUAAUAAACUUAAGUACUUGACAAGUUUCUGGAACAACACCAAUCUCUGUGCAGACAAGCCAGUUGUUAACUUACCGGAUUGUCAGAAAAUGCUUCGGAGAUCAAAACAGUUGCCUGGGAAACUCCUUGCAAUAGUCAUUGCUGUUCUGCUCCUCGCCUUCACUUUUAUUGUCACGUUCUUUGUGGUUCGGGACUGCACAAGGAAACCAAGAAGAGAGAGAGGCUUAGAGACGUGGAAACUAACUUCUUUCCACAGAGUAGACUUCGCGGAACACGACAUCGUUUCGAAUCUGAUGGAACACAACGUGAUAGGGAGUGGAGGAUCAGGCAAAGUUUACAAGAUACACAUCGGAUCCUCGGGUCAAUACGUAGCGGUGAAGAGGAUAUGGGACAACAAGAAGCUUGACAAGAACCUCGAGAAAGAGUUCAUCGCUGAAGUUGAGAUUCUUGGAACGAUCAGGCACGUGAAUAUAGUGAAACUACUGUGUUGUUUCUCCAGAGAGGAUUCAAAACUUCUUGUGUAUGAGUACCUGGAGAAACGCAGCUUGGAUCAGUGGCUACAUGGUGAGAAGAAAGGAGGUGAUGCAGAGGCUAGUAGCUUGAGUUGGGGACAGAGGUUGAAUAUUGCGGUCGGUGCAGCGCAAGGACUUUGCUAUAUGCAUCAUGAUUGUACUCCUGCGACCAUACAUAGAGAUGUCAAGUCAAGCAACAUAUUGCUUGAUUAUGACUUCAAUGCCAAGAUUGCUGAUUUUGGGUUGGCUAAACUGUUGGUUAAGCAAAACCAACAACCUCAUACUAUGUCAGCUGUUGCUGGAUCCUUCGGUUACAUUGCUCCAGAAUACGCAUAUACCUCUAAGGUGGAUGAAAAGAUUGAUGUGUAUAGCUUCGGGGUAGUUUUGUUAGAGCUGGUAACUGGAAGAGAAGGUAACAACGGAGAUGAACAUACAAACUUGGCAGAUUGGUCAUGGAGACAUUACCAAUCUAAGAAACCGAUCACAGAGGCUUUUGAUGAGGACAUCAAAGAAGCUUCUAGCACGGAAGAGAUGACAACUGUGUUCAAGCUAGGUCUGAUGUGUACUAACACAUUGCCUAGUCACAGACCUUCCAUGAAGGAGGUCCUGUAUGUUCUUCGCCAACAAGGACUUGGGGGGGCUCAAAAGACUGCAGCAGAGGCACCUGAGGCACCUCUACUGGUUAGUUUGUCCGGUCGGAGGACAAGUAAAAGGGUAGCAGAUGAAGCUUUAGGUUUUGUAUAAUAAUAAAUAAUCAAAUUUUGAGGUUGUUUUGAGGGUUUUUAACGCAUGUGUUGUGUGUAAACAAAGCAAAGUUUAAGGCUAAUUAACUAGAUAAGUUUUUAUGUUCAGAAUAAAUGAAUGAAAGUAGUCUUUAUAAA